GAGCCACAGGCGGCGGGCGCAGGCAGCGCCGCGGCGGCGGCCGGGCCGCGCAUGAGCCAGCGGGCGGGGCCUGCGGGGCGGCGCCGGAGGGCGGCUGCCGGCUCCGUGCUGCUUCCUGCCCGUGGCCGCUGCGUUCCCCCCUCCCCAAGAUGGCGAGCCUGGGUGUAAACAAGGUCGGGGCUGGUGCGGGGCCAGACGGCAGCCGGGGGCCCGGCGGCAACGGCCGCGGCCCAGCUGGUGCCGCAGUGAAGGUUCUUGAGUGUGGAGUCUGUGAAGAUGUAUUUUCUUUGCAAGGUGACAAAGUUCCUCGUCUGCUUUUGUGUGGCCAUACUGUCUGCCACGACUGUCUUACCCGGCUUCCCCUUCACGGCAGAGCAGUUCGUUGUCCUUUUGAUCGACAAGUUACUGAACUAGGAGAUUCUGGUGUCUGGGGCUUGAAAAAGAAUUUUGCUUUGUUGGAGCUCCUGGAACGGUUGCAGAAUGGACCUGCUGGGCAGUGUGGGGUGGCAGAGGAAGCCAUUGGUCUAUCUGGAGAGAGUAUCAUUCGUUGUGAUGAAGAUGAAGCCCAUGUUGCCUCUGUAUAUUGCACUGUUUGUGCCACUCACCUGUGCGCAGACUGUUCCCAGCUGACUCAUUCUACAAAGACGCUAGCGAAACACAGGCGCGUACCUCUUGCUGAUAAGCCUCACGAGAAGACCAUGUGCUCUCAACACCAAGUACAUGCUAUUGAGUUUGUUUGUUUAGAAGAGGGCUGUCAGGCGAGUCCGCUUAUGUGUUGUGUCUGCAAAGAAUAUGGGAAGCAUCAAGGUCAUAAGCAUUCUGUCUUGGAACCAGUAGCAAACCAGAUUCGUGCAUCCAUUUUAGACAUGGCUCACUGUAUAAGAACUUUCACAGAAGAAAUCUCAGAUUAUUCCAGAAAAUUAGUUGGAAUUGUUCAGCAUAUAGAAGGAGGAGAACAAAUAGUUGAAGACGGAGUUGGAAUGGCCCAUACUGAACACGUACCAGGGACUGCAGAGAAUGCUCGCUCAUGUGUCCGAGCCUACUUUUCAGAUCUUCAUGAAACCCUUUGUCGUCAGGAGGAGAUGGCUCUCAGUGUUGUUGAUGCUCACGUGAGAGAGAAGUUGAUUUGGCUUAGGCAACAGCAAGAAGACAUGACAAUCCUCUUGUCACAGGUUUCAACAGCUUGCCUUCAUUGUGAGAAGACUUUACAACAGGAUGACUGCAGAGUAGUGUUGGCCAAACAGGAAAUUACAAGGUUGUUAGAGACAUUACAGAAACAGCAGCAGCAGUUUACAGAACUUGCGGAUCACAUACAGCUGGAUGCUAGCAUACCUGUCACUUUUACAAAGGACAACAGGGUACAUAUUGGACCAAAAAUGGAAAUUCGAGUUGUCACUCUAGGCUUAGAUGGAGCUGGCAAAACAACUAUUUUGUUUAAGUUAAAGCAAGAUGAAUUCAUGCAGCCAAUUCCAACAAUAGGUUUUAAUGUUGAAACAGUAGAAUACAAGAAUUUGAAGUUUACUAUUUGGGAUGUAGGAGGAAAGCACAAAUUGAGGCCCUUGUGGAAACAUUACUAUCUCAAUACACAAGCGGUGGUGUUUGUCAUUGAUAGCAGCUACAGAGACAGGGUCAGUGAAGCACACAGUGAACUUGCAAAAUUGUUAACAGAGAAGGAAUUGCGGGAUGCCUUGCUCUUAAUCUUUGCUAAUAAACAGGAUGUUGCAGGUGCACUUUCAGUGGAAGAAAUCACAGACCUGCUGAGUCUCCACAAGCUCUGCUGUGGCCGUAGCUGGUUUAUUCAGGGUUGUGAUGCCCGGAGUGGUACAGGACUUUAUGAAGGACUGGACUGGCUUUCAAGGCAAUUAGUAGCUGCUGGUGUCCUGGAUGUGGCUUAAUUUUACAGCAGCUGCAAUUUAAGGUUGUAGUUUACUGUUUUGUGUUGUUUGCACGAUUUAGGAUGUUGUAGCCAGGUCUGCUGUCUGAAGAGGCGACUUUACUUAAAUUGGUGGUUACAGAAAAAUAUAAGCCUUUAUCCUAGAUUGGAUAAUUGGUUUAGUAAACUUGUGGAGUUAUAGUGGUUUUGAAAUUUUAUACAUUUACAAGUAAUGGAAUGGGCUAGUUACAAGGGUGCCUUGAAAUUCUUUUUGGUGAAAUUAGGUUGUUCCCAUUUAAAAUUAUUUCCUGAUAAGGUAUGCAUUGGAGUUAAUAUAACAACUAUAACAAAGUUACAGUAGUUAAUUGGCGUCAGAAAAAUUUUGUGUGGUUUAGAAAUAUUUUCCCAGGAAGCUAUUCCAAAAUCCACCUCAAGUUGUUAGGACAGCCGUCUCUCUCUAUUAGUCAGAAAUAAAUGGUGCUACUCUUUAAUAUCUAAAGAAUUGAUCUAAAAGUGGCGUUGAAAACUACAUGCAAAUACACCACAGAAAGAGAAUGUUUCCCUCCAUUAUUUAUUAGCUUCCCUGUUUGUUAAUAGAAGGCAGCAUAACUGGGCAAAGAAAACUUCAGAAUGGGAAACAGUGUUACAGGGCUAGGGGGCUGUGGCAUUGUUUAGCUGGUUGUUUUCUGGUUGUGGGAGUAGAGGUUAGUUUUUUGUUGUUGUUGUUUUUGUUAAUUGUAGCACAUGCUAAAUUAUUUAUGGACAGACUAUAGUGAUAUUGAGAUGAAACUGUUUUGUGCAUGCCUGAGGACAUUAUCUGCCUUUAGAGAUUAAGCUUAUUCCUCAAGAAGUCAAAUACAGAAAAAAAACUUCUUUAAGAAGUAGUGUGGUGUAAUGUCAGUCCAACUGUAUACUCUUAUGUAGAAGUUGUGCUUCCAGAUUAAGGUAGUGGCCUUAAAGUACUAAAUAACACAAUGUAAGAGCAGUGUACACUAACUAUAACUCUUACUUAGAAGAGCAAAUGGUAAAAUGUGGUAUAAACCUUCCAUAAUUAGAUUUUCAAAUAUUAGGUGUUCCUGCUCUGGCAGGGGGAUUGGGCUAGAUGAUCUUUUGAGGUCCCUUCCAGUCGCUAACAUUCUGUGAUUCUACAUGGAACUGUGAACAAAGCCUCCAUUUUUGAAGAUUACUUAUGCACAAACCUCUAAAAUAUAGGUGUAGCGCUAUUCAAAGACAGUUAUGACUUAGUGAUAUCUCUUUUUCUGCUGCACAUGCAACUCAGAUAACAAUUUUACCUGUCUGGAAUGCGCAUCACAAUCUUCUGACCUCCUCUUUAAGUGCACAGCCAUUGCCUGUUGAAGAAGCUGUGCCAUGGACCUCUUCAUGUUGGUAGAGGAGCUCUGAGGAGCAUAGCCAGUAGAUAAAAGCUGCGUAUCAUCACCUUUCUUACUGGAGCAGAGGUGAAUAGGGUGGACCAGACAGUGGAAGUGAGCAGUGUGAUUUCACAGAUGGGGAGAUAUUUGUGUCAUGCUGAAAAGUGUGUUUACCUGUGUGAGCUCCGAACCUCACCUGGCAAAGAAAAUGCAUCCCAUUGUCUGUGCCUAUGGCUUUUAUUGUAAUGUUAUCAAUUUUAUUAUGUUUUCCCACUACAUACCUUAGGUAAAGCCAAGAAUGUAUAAACAAAUAAUUUAGUACGUUUGCACCUUUCUUCAAGAAGAAGCCGUUAACUAAUUCUCUUAAGGACACUUACUUGUCGUUUUCUGUUGUUACUUACAUUUUGUGCAAAUGGUGUUAAAUGCAGUUUCAGUUUCGGCAAAUCUGAUGAAUAGUAGCAGAAAGAACACUAAGUUUUAGAAGCAGUUAAAUGUUUGUGAAAUGGGAUUCUAUGCCAACAAAGGGUGUUUACUCUUUCUGCAGACAACCUGAUAAAUUUGGGAGUAGUUUACAGCAGAAUGAAAGGUGUGUUCUUGCACCUACUGAACUAAAAAUGGUUCAUCCUUCCCGGUCUGUAACUUCUCGCACAACAGAGCGCCGGCUGCUGUGACUUGAGCAUCUGCUUGGCCUGUACUGCAGAGCAGUCCCAGACCACAGCUCUUUUUAAGAUGAACAAGUUCUGCUAAGUACAGUGGAUACCUUCUCCUGGAAUAUUUUUAACAGAGAAGACAUGCAUUCUUGAAAAAAAAUCCUGGUUCUGUAAUUCUGUUUUAGCUGGCUUAUGCUUCAGUGUUACGUGCCUCUCAGUGUAGUUCUACUUUAACAUGUUCAGGGUGACCAGUUUUGACGUUUUGUAUUAGGUUGGUGCAAAAGUAAUAGUGGUAUUGGGCUGUGGAUUUUAAAUCAUUCUAGCUAGGCUUAAACACGUCUUUAUUAAUCGAAAUAGGAACCAUUACAAUCAACACAUUUUUGCCCACAAGAAAUAAGUUUUUUUUUAUUCCUGUAGCAUAAAAAUCUGUGCUUUUGGAUUCAACAAACUCUUGGAAAGCAUUUUCUGCAUCCUGCUGGGUGUGGAAGCAUUUUCUCUGCAAAAAGUGGUUGAGAGGCUUGAAGAAGUGGUUGUCGGUUGGCAAGAGGCCAGGGGAAUAUGGCACACGAGGCAAAAGUUUGUAGCCCAAUUUGUUCAGCUUUGGAAGCCUUGGUUGUGUGACAUGCUGUCGGGUGUUGUCGUGGAGAAGAGCUGGGCCCUUCCUGUUGGCCAAUGCUGGCUGCAGGCGUUGCAGUUUUCACUGCAGCUCAUCGAUUUGCCGAGCAUCCUUCUCAGAGGGAAUGGUUUUCUGGGAUUCUGGAAGCUGUAGUGGGUCAGACUGGCAGCAGACCACCAAACAGUGACUGUGACCUUUUCUUUGGUGCAAGCUUGGCUUUGGGAAGUGCUUCGGAGGUUCUUCUCAGUCCAGCCACUGAGCUGGUCACUGCCGGCUGUCAUAUAAAAUGCACUUUUUGUCACACAUCGCAAUCUGGUAGAGACGCGGUUUGUUGUUGCUGCGUAGAGUAAGAGAACAUGACACUUCAAAAGGAUGACUUUUUUGAUUUUUGGUCAGUUCGUGAGGCAGCCACUUAUUGAGCUUUUUCACCUUUCCAAUUUGCUUCAAAUGCCCCAUGACCAUAGAAUGGUCGAUGUUGAGUUCUUUGGCAGCUUCUCAUGCAGCUGUAAGAGGAUCAGCUGCCAUGAUUGCCCUCAGUUGGUCAUUGUCAACAUCCAAUGGCCACCACUAUGCUCCUCAUCUGCAAAUCUCUCAUCUCCAUUGUGAAGCCUCUUGACCCACCCCUGCACUGUCCGUUCAUUAGCAGUUCCUGGGACAAAUACGUUCUUGACGUUGUGAGUUGUGUCUGCUGCUUUACAGCCCAUUUUGAACUCAAAUAAGAAAAUUGCUUGCAUUUGCUGUUUGUCUAAUAUCAUUUCCAUAGUCUAAAAUAAAUAUGAAAUAAACAGCAAGUAGUAAGUAACUAGCAAAAAAAAAAAACAGGCAAGAAAACACAUUAUGUAUAACCACCACGUUUAUGUGAGAAUGUAUUCAAACAUUAAAUGGCAAAUUUCAACGAUACGAAAACUGCUAUUGCUUUUGUACCAACCUCAUUGCAUUGGAGCGCAGAGGAAAAAUUCUGACUUGUGCAUCUUUUUUCCUACAAAGGGUUGCUUGUAACACGUGGAAUGCUACCACAAAAGUGUUUUUAAAUGGAAUUUAUUUAAAAUGUCUUGAAGUAACUGUGACGGUGUUGCAUUUGUCUGUGAACUCUCCAGUGUGAACAGGUACACUAAGAGGUUUAUCUGUAUUAUAAAUUAAUACUACAUAUAAACUGCUUCAGUUGUAAAUCUAAGCUUGUUUCACCAGUUUUACUGAACUUUAUUUUUUAGUGUACUCACUUAGGCUGUAUAUGUAAUUGGAAUAUUUCCUCAACUAGGAACUCAUUCAAGCAUUACUAACUAUGGGGAUUAUUUGACAAGCCUGAAUAACUUUUCAUAGGAUUUUGACUUAAUUGUGAAAUUGAGUAAAUACAACAUCCCGUGACUGUGUUGUGGCUUUCUAUAAAGAAUUUCGGCUCAGUAUGUCUAGACUAACUGAAAAAUGGUGUUUUAUCACUUCAUAUGGUCUUACUGUAUGCUACCUUCAAAUUUAUUGUGGAAUAUGUGGUCCACGAGGAUCGUAUUCUGAAGCAGUUUUAUUCUGAACUGUUGCAUUAGGUGUGGAUGUUUUGAGAAGAUUUCUUGAAAGAAAGUGCUCUUUUAGUGGAAACAAUUCAUGAGCUGCUGCAAUUUGAGUUGCCCAGAAAAUGAAUUAUUUUCAAUAAAAGUAUCUAAAACUUUGACAAUUAAUUUUAAUAAACUUGCCUUUUUUGUUAAGUUUA